AAACUUAGCCGGCUUACGGUCGAUUUUAAGCCGCCUCCCCCGCCGUAAUAUUUGUCGGCGCAGGGCUCUACUUGCAUCUCUGAAUUUCGUAUUUCAUUUAUUUUUGCAAUUUGCCAUUGAAAAGCAGUAAAAAAUGAAUAACAAAACCAAUACUAAAUCAAAAACUAAACAAUUAAGUAAAGAACAAUUAAUUGAAGCUAUACGCAAGAAAAAAGAGUGCAAUGCUCGUGCCCAGGCCAUCGUGGAAUCCCUGUUGGAACGUCAUAUAGCGGAAGAGGAUUUCUUAUUAAAGUUGAAAGACAUUAAUCAGUGUCACUAUGAAGAUGUAGUCGAUGAAAGACAUAUUCUACAGUUUUGCUCAUAUCCUUUGUGUGGUGUUAUUGUGGCAAAUGUACCCACUAAACAAUAUCAAAUUUCCACAACAACUAAUAAGGUGUAUGAUAUAACCGAUCGUAAAAAAUUUUGCAGUACCCAGUGCUUUAAGGCCUCCGAAUAUAUAAAAUCACAAAUGUUAACCAGUCCAUUGUGGUUGAGGCAUCAAGAAGUUAUACCACAAUUUAAAUUGUUAAAAAUCAAAGAAAAUGAAACUAUAGCAGAAUUUGAAGCUUUAAAAAUUAACUAAAUAAAUAAAUAUCAAUUCAAAGGAGUAUUUUUUAAAUUAUGUAAUAUUAGUUUUAUUUUUUUAUACUACAUUGCAAUAAUUCAUAUUGAAAUAAAAAAUAAUCAAAUGUUGAU